AUGGCCGCUUUUUUCACGUCUCUGGUGCUGCGAUCCAUUUCAGCAAAUAUCAUCUUCUUUGCGUCCGUUGGUACUUGUACAAAUUCGGCUGGUCUGGAUGGGGAAACAACAGGGGAUUCUUCCGACCACAUCAUCUCUUAUGCCUGGCCACUUGUAGAUGAUGGAAGGCCAUUCAGCACAAGCAUCGGACUUUACGGAGCAACACCAAGGCGUCUCGACCGGCUAGGUCCAGUUGACGUCAACCCUCUCUUCACCUUCAGCCGUCAAGUCCUGGGGUCUUCACGGACCCUAUUCCUCACCACUUUCAUCCUCCCAUCGCGACCUCCCGUUACAUCUUGUUCCAGUAUCACUUGCACCAUUUCUUCGAGGUUUGGCGCAGCUUUACAGCUACAGACAAUCAGCAAGGCUCAUUCCGUGCAACCAAAUUUUGCCGCGAUGACACCGGCAGCAGCUUUAUCACAACACGGCUCUCCCGUAAAUGGCGCCUUCAUGGCGUUGUCAUCUCAUGUCAUGACAUCAUGUGGCUGGGGCAACUUAUCGCUCAUUGCGACACCCAGCUGUCUCAACAGUCGCCUCAGCUCACCUUCAAACAUGUCUACUUGA